GCAGGGGCCUCUAGCCGACUUUAGACUACACACUUCGUAACAAAUUUUCGGUGAAUUGGACCGCCAUUCAUCCAUAUAUAUUAUAAUUCUCUUUGGCCAUUUAUCUGGCAACACAGUUAAUGGCAGCGGUGAAGUUGACGGUCCUUUCAUUGUUUUUCAAGAAUUAAAAUUUGUAAACAUACGAAAUUAUUGAUAAUAAAUUAAAAUUAACAUAAUUACAUAACAACAACACAAUGUCUUCAUACAAGCCCAUUGAUUCAAAAAGAGAGGAGUUUAGACGUUAUUUAGAACGAGCUGGUGUUAUGGACGCACUAACAAAAGUUCUCGUCAGUCUUUAUGAAGAACCUGAUAAGCCGGAAGAUGCAUUAGAAUAUGUUCGAAAACAUUUGGGCACUGAUAGUGGCGACGACGAACUAGAAGCAGCAAGAGCUCGCAUUGCAGAACUCGAAGCCGAAAAUGCACUGCUCAAAGGCGAGAGCGCUCCGACAGAAGGAUAAUCAUCUCAUGGUUAUCCUAACAAAAGAUCUCAUUAAUAUUAUUGAUCUCUUAACUAUUGUUAUUCCUAUAGAAGAACUUAGUGUUUUAAUUACUGACAGAGUAUUAUUUUUGUUAUGGAUGAGAAUGUUUAAUGUGUGUGCAUGAAUGCACAAUUAAAUUUUUUGGUUAAUUAUUUGUAAUUGAUUUAUUGCUAAAUGUACAAUAAAUUGAGUUGAUAAUUAUUA